AUGCCACUAAUGCUGGGAGCAAGUUCUGGCCUGAUUGCCGCCGGCGUUCCACGCUCGACUACGUUUCGAUGCCAGUUCUCGCCGCCACUUCCGGCGGCCAAGUCGGAGUCUGGCGAGACCAACGACGGGCUUCAGAUAGGUUCUCCGAUGGUUAUUGUGCAAGCGCCGCCGACGCUAAAGACCGCUGUUCCUAUGCCGUCUCUGAAGGUCAACAACGGGCAGGUCAAAGCUGGUGAUGUUGGGAGGAUUGUAUCAAGAAAAGCCAAAGAUGUGUGGGCUAUUCGCCUUGCGAUCGGCACGCAUCUCAUCGACGGCAAGCAUUUCAGACCAUUGGAUCUUGACAAUGAUAGCUCAGAAGCUGCUCAAUCAUAUAGAAAAGUCUGAAAAUGAUUAAAUUCAUCAAGAUUGUAUAAGCAUAAAUAUACAUCCAACAUAUUAGUACCACUUGUACUGAAUGUAUUUAACCCUGGGGGGUUCUUUUCAGUAGUUUGUCUGUAUCAGUCUUU